UUUCUGGACCAGUUGGACCACAAGGACCACCCGGGCCCCCAGGAAAAGAUGGAAUUCCUGGAAUUGACUCUGAAACAACGAUUGUGCCUGGGCCUAAAGGAUCUGCAGGAAACCCUGGAGAACCUGGACUUCCUGGAGUGCAGGGACAGAAAGGAGAAUCAGGAGAUUUGGGUAUACCUGGAAUCCCGGGAAGGAAGGGAGAGAAAGGAGAAAGAGGAGAGAGGGGUCUAGCUGGAAAAGAUGGGCAAAAAGGUGAUAAAGGUAAAAAAGGAGAAGAAGGAGAACUAGGAAUAAAAGGAGACAUGGGCUUCAGAGGACCACAAGGUUUAAGAGGAGAACCAGGAUUGAUUGGAAUGCCAGGGGUACAAGGUCAGCAGGGCAAAGCGGGAAUACCAGGAACUAAAGGGGAGAAGGGAGACCGAGGAGAACCAGGUAGACCUGGUGAUGUGGCCAGAGCUGGUGAUCCUGGUCCAAUAGGGCCACCUGGACCACCUGGCGAACCUGGUGUUGAUGGGAAGAAGGGAGAACCAGGACUUUCAGGUCCAGCAGGUCCAAGUGGUCCACCUGGACUUCUGGGUCCUCCAGGACCACCUGGUGUUGAAGGAAAUGAAGGUGCUCCGGGUCCUAAGGGAAGCAAGGGUGACACUGGACCAAGGGGACCAGAUGGACUAUCU